GAAAUUUGAAAAUUUAACACAUAGACUUCGUAUAUAUAAUUGGUAUAAUUAAAGUUGAUUAAAAUGGAUUACGAAACAGCUUUGUUAAUUCCAGAUGAUAAAAUUAGAAUGCUUAUUGAAUCAGAACGUCUUAAAACAUUUGAGAACUGGCCUAACGACACUUCAUCAUGGGAAUGUACGCCAGAAAAGGUUAGAGUUAGAUUAUUUUAUCAAUUUUUACUAUUAACUAAAAAAAAAUAGCUUUUAACUUCUAGAGACUAGAGAGCUAUUGUAGUAUUGGUACACUACUACUAGUAGCUUCUAGGCGGCUAUUGGAAGUUUUCUAUCAAAAACUAUUAAUUGGUGAUAGAUUGAUGUUAUGUAGUGCAGUAGAAGUAGGCGUAGGGUAAAACUAAAAUAAAAGGGGGUAAUAAAGGGAGGCAAACUGAUUUGACAACUAAUCAAGAAGAAGAAGUGGCGGACUGCCUUAUUGUGUUGGCUGAGUGAGGCUGGGGGUUUCCGUAAAGAGGAGGUCAAAGACAUCAUUUAUCAAUUCGUGAAGGAAAAUGAUCUUGACAUGCCUUUUGUGGAUGGUCGACCUAGUAGUAGUAAGUAGGAACUGGUUGGAGUGGCUUCAUCCCAUCCAUCCAUCCAUCCCUGUGGCGCUACAGCCCAUGUAGGGCUUUGGCCUGCCUCACCACUUCCUUCCACUCAGUGGCUUCAUCCCACGCCAUCCAAAAGUAGUCCGAAGAAAAACAGGAUGCCAUUGAUGCAUGUUUGAAUCGACUGAGAGAAGGAAAAGCAAAAAAAGAUAAAGCUCCAAGAAAAAACACCUUGAGAAAAAAAGAAAUCUUCCAGAUGGAGAUGAUAGUGAUGAGGAGGACGAUGACACUGUGUGCCUUAAGUGUGACGUGCAUGGAGGACGUGGAGAAGACUGAGUGUGUUGUGACUUGUGUCACAUUUGGUGUGUUAAAUUUAAAUGCACAGAAAUGCCAGAAGAAGCUGUUAUUGAAGCCUUGAAGUGUAUCUGUGAAAAUUGCCUACAACCUAUGUGAAAGUACAUGCAUUGGACAUGCUGUAGCUUAUUUCCCCACUUUUGUUAAAUUUAAUUCUUAUAAUUAGUUGUAACUUUUUGACCUUUUUUUUCACUAUAUCGCUUUAAAUUUUGCUCAUUAAAGCUUUUGUACUUAAAGACAGAUGUGCGGUCUGUUACUUAAAAAUAUUUACAGUUUGAAUUUAAUAAUAUUUAUUUAUUUAAAAAGGGAAAACAAAAAGUUCUUCAAAACAUGGGGCUUAAUACACCGCGUAAAUGACAUUCUGACUUUUUGUGCCACUAAUACAGUUUAUUUCAAUACAUUAUGUUGCCAAAAAACAUGUUCCAAUGUUUUAGACUGGUCGUGGUGCACUACAAAAUUUAUUUUUGUGUUUAGUCUUAUAAUUUUGCUUUUGGAUUUUCAAGACAUAAUACUCUUCUUUUUCUUUGUAUUGUAUACAUUUUAUUUUUAUGUAUCAAGCCUUAUGUUUUCAUCAUAUUCUGUGCCGUUAAAAAAAUUGAUCCUUUAUAGCAUUAAAAGUAAAUAGUUAAUAGUGAUUCCUAGAUGUUAAUUUGUGUUAUAGUUGAACAAUUGACCCAUUAAUUGACGCAACAAUGACCCACUUGACCAAUAAUACUCAUUUGGCCUACCUCCCACCAGAAAAACAAUAACGAGAGAGUAGGGGGGGGGGGGGUUGGGUCGUCACAUUUUCCAUUUUUCUAAACAGAGAUCGGCCAAAGCUUCUUUUGUCAUCGUUAAGCCUAAUCCUCCCACUUGACCAAAAAUACUCAUUUGGCCUCCCUCCCACCAGAAAAACAAAAACGAGAGGGUAGGGGGGGGGGGGUUGGGUCGUCACAUUUUCCAUUUUUCUAAACAGAGAUCGGCCAAAGCUUCUGUUGUCAUCGUUAAGCCUAAUCCCGUUAUUAUUAUACUGUUCCAUGUCACUAAAGUAACACGAUUUUUUAAAAUAUGCACUAAAGCUGUUAUUAUAGUAAUUAUAGACAUAAUUAGGCCUAUUUUGAAAUUCAUAAUUUUAAUCAUAAUAAUUAGCACACACAAAAUGCUUACAAUUAAUUUAUUGCUCAGCCUCAGCUGGAUUUUAUUUUCGAAGUGGCUGCUUGCACAGCAGUGGUGUAACUAGCAAAAUCAAUGGACCUAGGCCUGCAUACACUGGUGUUGUACCUAGCAAAAUCAUGGUCCUGUGUCAGUGUCUGCGUACACCGCAACAAAAAUAUACCAUUGGCCUUCUUUUAAGAUAUGUCUGUUAGAUAUCAUCGUGUGUUGUCUUGUGGUAGAGUAGACGUUAGGCAAUAUAUUUUGUGAUCAAUUCCCAGAUGGGGAUAGAGUUUUACUAUUUUUUUUUCAUUUUAAUUAAAAAUAUAUUUUAUGUUUAAAUUAUUAUGUUCAUUUGUAACAGUACUUUUAUGCAAAUUUUUUAAAUAUUUUGUAGCAAUUUAAAUAUUUUCAAUAUAUGUUGUAUUCCGAUUAUUAAGUAUUUAAGUUUAAACUUAAAUAAGUUGUGCCGACCUUUGAAUUCGAAAAUAAUACAAAAGUAAUACAGAAGAUACAAUGUAUCUAACAUGUAUAGUAUAAUAACAAAAGAACAAAUACUGAGCAACAUUUUAUUAUAUUAUUUAUAUUUCAACAUUCUUCAUUAGAGUUGAUUAUUAACAUUUUGCUUUUACAUUUAAAUGUAGCCAUGAGGUAGACUACAGCUUUUCACAAAUCGGUUACCGUAUGAGUAUGAACUCCAAAGAAAAUACCAGUUAUCAUAUGAAAAUUAAUGUACAUGGUUGUCUUCUCAACCAGCUUGCUUUCACUAUGCAUUGGAAAAAUUUAGACAUGAUAUCCAGAGUUCAUUCACAAUCUUCAGUCUCAUAGCAAAUAUUUUAAAACCUCUGAGAUUUUAGAAACACACAGGACGGUAGCAAACUGUCUAGCGAAGCGAUAGGUCUGUGUUUACCCUGUUCAUGACAGAAUUUGUUUCCAGAGUGGCAGAGCAUGUACUAUUUGCAGAGUGUUAAGAAAUUGAUCCAUGCUGGGGGUGUGUUAUGGGCAGAGGCACAAAGCCCAAAAAGGGCCUACACAAAUCAAGGCUCUAGAUAAAGGUUUCCACAAAGGACGUCCGCACAACAAACUUACCUUUUGCAUACCUCCCAACCGGGGUUAUGUCUGCAUGCACUUUUUACAGUGAGUAAUGCCACUGCUGGUGCUUAUGCUGUGUGGCAUAUGUCUUGGACCUAUAUUUAUAAAGAAUUUAUAGGGAUCACUUGGUAAAAAAAGAAAAUUUAUAAAAAUGACAUAACAUCAUAAUCUAUCAAUGGAAAACACCAUUUAAAUGCAGAGAUGAGCAAGAAAGGAGCGAAGCAGUCUGGUAGGCUUAAGUGUCUAAUUUGGCAAAGGCUGGGAUAAGAAAAACUUUCAAAACAGUGUUUCUCAUUAACGGAAGGUCACUUGGCCUUACGCCCUGUCUAUUCAUUUACUCUCUUUAUAGUUACAUGUUCUUGUACUAAAAAAAAGGGGAAUGACAUGUUGAAUAAACUUGAUUGAAGUCACUUAGUUAAUAUUUUCUAAAUAGAAUAUGAAAUAAAGUUUUUGUUUUUAAUUUUAAUAGGAUAAUCACAAAAUAUUUGUAUAAAAUCAAAUAUUAGGCCCAUAGGUCCUACUUCUUAUAAGAUAUUUUAAAUAUAUUUUAAAGCGACUUCUGCUGUUGUUGAACUUGUUUUAAUUUUCAUAUAACUAUAAGGUGCCAGAGAUUGCCAACCCCUGGCCUAUAGUACAAGUAUAAUGAAAUAGGACUUGCAAUGUGAAGUUCUCAAUUCAUCAUGCAGCUAAGACAGAGUAAACUAGAGUUCAAAGAAGAAAAAGGGUGUUAUAAUUGAGAGGAUUAAGUAAUAUAAUGACCUGUUCCACCUAUCAGUAUCAAACAAAAUAAAUUGCUGUCUUAUUCUUUGACUUUAUGGACAGCAGGAGAAAGCCAUGUUUGAGAUCCCUUGGUACUAGUGUAACUAUUACUACUUAUACUAAAUUUUUCUGCACUUUGUUACUGUUCAUUAGUUUAAUUAAAACUGUAAGAUACUAUAGGUAGCUCUUCGAGUAGCCCAUAUUUUUUGUGAAUACAAUUUUGAGUACCCAAUAAUAGAAGCAAAUUUAAAUACAGGUACUGUAAUAGGAACAAAUCAAUUAAAUUUAGCCCCAAUGAUCUUGAGAUAUAUUAAAAUAACACUAUUGUAAUACAGUAUUUUUGUUGUCAGUGUAGACUACUGUAGUUUAAAGUUAUAUUAGUGUGAGAAACUUAUUUAAUAGCUCAGUCAACGAUUUCGUUAAUGAAGCAUACAAGAAAUACUAGUCCCAGUAGUUUUAGAAAAGGUAAAAAAUUGUAUCUCUUAGAUUUUAAUUGAAAUAAUUUUAUUUACAGUUUAGCCUUAAAUAUAAUUAAUUAAUUAAAUGGCAAUGGAUAUUUACAUAUAAACUACUUGGCUACCCCAUAAAAUAGUAAUUCAAUCAAGUAUGAGACUAAGGUACUAAAUAUAGACAUAAUUCAUCAAACCCUGAUAAUAAUUUUUAAAAAAAUUAUUAUGUAUUAUGUUCUUUCAGUUAGCCAAAGCUGGAUUUUAUUUUCAUCCCUGUGAAGAGUCUAUUGAUAAUGUUUGCUGUUUGUUUUGUCAAAAAGAGCUGGACGGUUGGGAUCCUACAGAUGACCCACUGUGAGUAAAAAAAAUAAUGAUAAUGAAUUAAGCAUCUCUAUACUAGUCAAUGGUAUGGUAUUAACCUGUCAUUUUGAAAUCAAUCAAAUGACAACAUAAAUUUCCCUAUCAGAUCAGAAGACAAGUAAGGAAAUGGGAUUUUAACCACUUAAGUUGCAAGUUUUAAUUUUUUCCAUAGUGACAGGUAUAAAAAGUGGAGAUUUUUUUGUUUCCAAAAUACAAAAUUACAGUUGAAAAUUAGUUUAGGGUGUACUAUAAUUAUAAGCCUUUUAGUCUGAUGGUAUUGAUUAUAUCAUACUGUCAGUCAUGAAAGUUAAUCAUAAGCUAUUGAUCCUUCAAGAGUAAGGUUUUUGUGCUCUAGUGAUGCAAAAUGAUGCAUUAAUUGAUGUCUGAUAAUUUUGACAGUGUUAAAGGCUUCAUUUUAUAUUAGUAAUUCUUUCUGAACAAAUGUUGUUUUGCCUGGCAACAGUUAGUUAACAAACGGUUACCAUACUUCAUUACUACAGUGCAGCUAGACCUUGAGAGGAAAAUUAUAAAACAAAAAUAAGUAAGCAGUGGAUAGUCUAGUUAAUUAUGAUUGCAAAAGAUAACAAAAAUUGUUGCUUUGGAAAAGCUGCAUUGGGGAAACAAUCUGGUCUGAACAACUGAACUUGAUAUUUUAUGAAAUUUGUGUGUUUCUUGUGUGCAUAAACUAAUUUGAUUUCUAAAUCCUUUUUUUGGAUAUUGUUUUCAGUGCUGAACACAAGAAACACUCUCCUACAUGUCCAUUUUUGCAGCUUAGAUCACCAGUAGAGGACCUCACUGUGCUAGAAUUUAAGAGACUCAUACAAAAGAUCACACUGCUGAAGACAGUAAGUAACAUAUUUUAAUUGUCGGCUGUUUCAAAAGAUUGGCAUAUACCAAUAGGAUUUUAGAGCAUGCAUAUUUUCAAAUAUAGAAAUGUUUCAGUUAAUUUUUCAUAAUUUUUAAACAUUUAUUGUUUAGAAUUAUUACAAACAACAAAAAUUAAAGUAAAUAUAAUUAGGUAAUGCACAUACGUUUGCAUGAAAAAUUAAUAAAUAGUUUUGUUGUUACCUGUCACUUAAUGUAUGUUUUCAGGAUAAAGUGUUUGACAAGACAAAAGAGGCCUUUGAACUUCAAUCAAAGGAAUCAAGAAAAGCUAUCGUAGAUAAUGUUUUGCAUAACAAAUUAAUGUAAGACUUUGCUAUUAUUUCUAGCAUCAAAGUAAUAUUUCCUUUGGCUUGACUAAUGUGUCACAAGUGUAACGGUCAUAAAUGUGAACUGUAAAUGAUGUGCCUUUUCAUUAUGGUAAAACAUUAAGACUAAAAUACAAGAAGUACUUGUUAUAAGCCUGAUGACAUAUUUUGUGUAGAUAUCUUUUUCUUGCUUUCAUUUCGUUGUAAAUACCAUUCUAUUUAAUCAAUUGAAAAUCAUUUCUUUUUUUUUUUAAUAUAAAUACCAUCCGUCACUUCAGAUUUGAAUUAUAAGCAUUGCCUGUAACCUAGGGUAUUUACUUAGGGAUAAUAAAUAUUUCUUGAAAAUUUGUUGUUGAACAUUGGAGAAAUUUUUUUUAUUGAAUUGAUAUGUGGAGUAUCUUCUAAAAUGGUAUUUAAACAUAUUUGUUAACUUUUGCCAUUUCAAGAGAUACAAAAACUUAUAUGAAUUAAAACAGUUUUAUAAUAUUUUAAAUUUUAUUAAAAUUUUUGUAAGUGCCUUUUUUUCUUUAGUUAAGUAAUUGGCGCUGAGUAAUGUGAGCAAGAAUUAAUGGUUAGUGACCUAACCUGUUAAAGUUGAAUGUUUAUCUUAUGAUGCUAUAAAGUCUGCAUCUUGAAUUGCUACAUACUGAAGAGUUAUUACUGGCCUUUGGAAAUUGAUUUAUUGGUAUUAACCCUUUUGAAAGAUUCUAAUUAAAAAAAAUUUUUUUAAGUUU